GAGUCCGCGGGGCCGGCGCUCUCAGCCAGGCGGUCCCCGAGCCCGUUCCCGGUGGCCCCGCAGUGGGUGUUUAAGGGAGGACGGACAGACUGACCAGACGCCGACCAGGGCCAGAAGCAGCUCGCCAGCACCAUGCGUGAGAUCGUGCACAUCCAGGCCGGCCAGUGCGGCAACCAGAUCGGCGCCAAGUUUUGGGAGGUCAUCAGUGACGAGCACGGGAUCGACCCCACCGGCAGUUACCAUGGAGACAGCGACUUGCAGCUGGAGAGAAUCAAUGUGUACUACAAUGAAGCUACUGGUAACAAAUAUGUGCCUCGGGCCAUCCUGGUGGAUCUGGAGCCAGGCACCAUGGACUCGGUCAGGUCUGGGCCAUUUGGCCAGAUCUUCAGGCCCGACAACUUCGUGUUUGGCCAGAGCGGUGCCGGGAACAACUGGGCCAAGGGCCACUACACGGAGGGCGCCGAGCUGGUAGACUCGGUGCUGGACGUGGUGAGGAAGGAGUCGGAGAGCUGCGACUGCCUGCAGGGCUUCCAGCUGACGCACUCGCUGGGCGGCGGCACGGGCUCGGGCAUGGGCACGCUGCUCAUCAGCAAGAUCCGCGAGGAGUACCCCGACCGCAUCAUGAACACCUUCAGCGUCAUGCCCUCGCCCAAGGUGUCGGACACGGUGGUGGAGCCCUACAACGCCACCCUGUCGGUGCACCAGCUGGUGGAGAACACCGAUGAGACCUACUGCAUCGACAACGAGGCCCUGUACGACAUCUGCUUCCGCACCCUGAAGCUGACCACCCCCACCUACGGCGACCUCAACCACCUGGUGUCGGCCACCAUGAGCGGCGUCACCACCUGCCUGCGCUUCCCGGGCCAGCUCAACGCCGACCUGCGCAAGCUGGCCGUGAACAUGGUGCCCUUCCCGCGCCUGCACUUCUUCAUGCCCGGCUUCGCCCCGCUCACCAGCCGCGGCAGCCAGCAGUACCGCGCGCUCACGGUGCCCGAGCUCACCCAGCAGAUGUUCGACUCCAAGAACAUGAUGGCCGCGUGCGACCCGCGCCACGGCCGCUACCUGACGGUGGCCGCUAUCUUCCGCGGCCGCAUGUCCAUGAAGGAGGUGGACGAGCAGAUGCUCAACGUGCAGAACAAGAACAGCAGCUACUUCGUCGAGUGGAUCCCCAACAACGUCAAGACGGCCGUGUGCGACAUCCCGCCGCGCGGCCUGAAGAUGUCGGCCACCUUCAUCGGCAACAGCACGGCCAUCCAGGAGCUGUUCAAGCGCAUCUCGGAGCAGUUCACGGCCAUGUUCCGGCGCAAGGCCUUCCUGCACUGGUACACGGGCGAGGGCAUGGACGAGAUGGAGUUCACCGAGGCCGAGAGCAACAUGAACGACCUGGUGUCCGAGUACCAGCAGUACCAGGACGCCACGGCCGACGAACAGGGGGAGUUCGAGGAGGAGGAGGGCGAGGACGAGGCCUAGGGAGGCCUGAGGUCCCCGGGUGGCCCAGGGUGCCCCAGGGCGCCCCAGGGCGCGGGCCUGCAGGAGGCAAGCGCGGGGGAGGGGGGCUUAGUGCGGAGAAUCUCUGGGCAGUGGAAGGCAAGAAGCAUGGUCUUCUCUAGGUGUGUGCGCUGGUUCUCUGGUGCUCUUCACUGUUGCCUGUCAUUUUGGUUUGUUUCUGUUUUUUUCUUUUUGUAAUAUUGACCACAUCAAUGUAACAUUUGAGAUAUUUCUGAACUACUGUUGUAAUGGCUAAAAUCACAUAAACGUUUGUGUCCUAACGGUG